AUGCCUGGUAAAGGAGAGAACAAAUCCCAGGCUGGCAAGGACAAGGAGGACAUGCGAGAUGUAGUGAGCGGUUCGGGCGAGGCCGGCCGAAACUCAUCUACGCUGGGAGGCUCUAGUAGCUCCCACUCCCAGGUCCAAGCCAGGCCAGGUGGUGAUGCUCUUGGCCCUACCAUUCUUCCGCCGAACAGCUUGGAGCUUCGCUCCUUGACGAACAAUGUGGGUCAGACGCUGGGCUCUGGGUUUCACAACAAGAGAGGUGGCCCAGUCAGAAACGUCAUCUCGGCCACCGAUGAGCUGGUCCCCGACUCCCUCUCGUUCCAGGGCACCAUGGAGACGCUCUACUCCGCUGGGCUUCUCGUACAGGCGAGCAUUGGCGAGAAUGAGACUGACCAGAUAGCUGGCUUUAUUUUCAAGGCCAGGACAGAUUUCAUCUCUCGGAACCCGAGGCAGCCCGAGAAGUCUGGCCUCACGGUUGUCAGCGGCGGAUCCGGGGUGAGGGUUCCUCGAGAGGGGAAAUACAUUGAGAUGAGAGAGACUUCGGAGGCCCUGGCCAGAGAGCAGGAGGAGGCUGCGGAUGAGCGCGUCAAGCCCCCAAAGCCCGAGGUCAAGUGUGGUGGCUGUGGCUCCAAGACUCACGAGCUCUUCAAUUGUCUCAAGACGGCACCCAAUGGCUUGAUGAAAGGUUGCCCAAAGUGCAACACCAUCGAGCACGACAUUGAUGGUUGCCCCAAGCUGACGGACAUCAACAACAGAUUCCGGUUCCUGGUUACGGGUCGUGGCCACAUGCCAGCUUUUGCGACGAAGAAGAUGGAGUUCCACUGGGCUGCUGUUUUCUGUGAGUGGAGGGCCAAGCAAGACUCUUUGGGCCGGCGACGCAGGAGAGACCCCAGACUUCCCUGGACACCGGAGUUUACUCUGCAACAAGGCGAGGCCAAGAUCCAGGAGUACCAGCGAAAGCUGGAUGAGGAUGGCUUCACGGGUGCUCGUCUGCCUGCGGACCCAGCCACCAGGGACUGGGAUUCUGCCAGCAAGACCUACCCCACCCGCCUCCCAAGAUCCCAGGCCCAACCAGUCCAGGCCCAGCAGGUCCAGGCCCAGCAGAUCCAAGCCGUUCGCGCCCUGGCCCAGGAUAUUAUCAAAGACAAUCCUGCAGCCCGGGUACCAGGUGCUGCUGCCGCCGCCGCAGUCAACAAGGGGCCGUCUACUGAGGUCGAGAUCGACGACCUCCUUGACGAAAUCUUCGACGAGGACGAGGACAGUCCAGCUGUGGAGGCAGGCUCCACCCAGGGAGGGACCAAGGAUGUCCAGAUGGAAGACGCGCCCGCGGCUGAGGGGACCAAGCCUGAGGAGACCAAGAGUGGUGAGACCACCGACACUGAGGAUGGGUCUGGGGAUGAAAAGUCUGGGGGUGAAGAGGAUGGGCUGGAGGAGUCGGAUGCAGGGAGCAACCUGGGUGAUGAUAAGGUUGACUGGAGCUUGGAAUGA